AAUUAUAAAAACAAGAGUUUUCCACGAAGUAACACACCUUACACAUAGUCUUAUGCGUCAGCGUACUCACCUUCCCAUAACAACCCAAUAUUCCCUUCUCUCUAUUUAUACAUUUUAUUGAUGUUAACUUCACCCAAUUUUCUCCUACACAAAAUUCCUUAGAAACAAAAAUAUAUUUUCAUCCCUUCUACUCCCUUUUACAAACUUACAUAUAUACAUUCAUAAAUUUCAUAAUUUCAGAUUAAAUUAAAAAAAAUUAUUAUAUAAUAUUUUCUUUUUAUUAAGUCGUCAUGUCAAUUAAAGAUUGUGGUCAUCACAAAGACAAGAAGAAGAUCCUUUACAAGAGAAUUGGCUAUGGUAUUCUCGCUUUAGUAGUCGUUAUUGGCUUGAUAAUUCUCAUCAUAUGGGCCGUCUUAAGGCCCUCAAAGUCGAUUUUCACUUUACAAGAUGCAACCCUAUACAGCUUUAACUUAACUAGUCCAGUUCAACUCACUUCCAUCUUUCAAACUACAAUUGUGGCUCGAAACCCGAAUAAUAAAAUAGAGAUAUAUUAUGAUAAUCUCCAUGUUUAUGCUAAUUAUCAUGAUCAACCAAUUAGUCUAUCAACCUCAAUUCCACCUACUUAUCAAGAUAGUAAUGAGGUUACUAUUUGGUCACCUUUUCUACAAGGUCAAAAUAUACCUAUUGCUUCCUUUAUUGGGACCCAAAUUGAUGGGGAGAUCCAAUCAGGGAGUGUUUAUAUUGUGAUCAAAAUUGAUGGACGGGUGAGAUGGAGAGUUGGAAGUAUGAUCAUUAGAUGGUAUCAUAUACAUGUUAACUGUCCGGCAUAUAUUCCGUUAGGGAAUCCUAGUAUUGGGAUUAAAGUGGGGAAUAACGCCGUUAAGUAUCAGCUUACUCAGCGUUGCAACAUUAAUUAAGGUAUGAUGAAGUAUAUAUGAAAAUAGUCCGUAAAAUAUAUAAGCGUAAACUUUUAUUUGAGCUGGUUUGUAAAUUACUAUUAUGAAGUAUUAUAUUUUUUCUUUUUGUUCAUCUUUUCUUUAUUGUUGUCUUAUAAUUAUAAAUUAUAUUGUAGAAUUUUUUUUAUGAAUAAGAAAAGAAGGAAAAAGAUUUUUGGGUUUAUUGAUUUGCAAUUAGGAACUUUUUUUAAGAUAGCAUUAUUAGAACUAUUGAUGUUACUUGGAAUAUAAUAUUGUUUUUUAAUGUAA